AUGGGUGAUCGGGAAUGUCUGAUGGGAGUCGAUCCAGCGAUGGAAAACUUCACUCCUAGCCAUGUUUGUUUAAAUGUUCAAAUAAACUUCCAGAAAUGUAACAUUUUUUGAAAGGUCAUUUUUUAAUAUUGGAAAUACAAGGGAGUUUUUAGACGGAUGCUAUUUUGAUUGACAUCGAAGAAGAAGAAGACCGUCAGAGAGAGGAAACCCCGGAUCACUCGUUGGAAAACGAUGGAAACGGGGAGCGAACAAAUGAGGUCGGUCGUUUGCAAACUUUCAAUUGUGAAAUUUUAUUGAUCUAUAAAAAAACUUAGAGAAAGAAAAGAUAAAUUUUGGACAAGGAAGCUUCAUUUUUAGAUCCCAACAGCAGAAGGAAUUCAAAGUGAAAACUCCCUUCCCUUUUCAAAUGAAAACGCCCUUGAUUCUCGUUCUUCGGUUAGUUUUUUGAAGAAGAAGGUCACUAUCGUUUAUAUAUUUUCAGUUUGGAGCGUUAAACGAGAUCCCUGAUGAUUUUGGAUCUAUGUCCUCAAAAUGGAAUAUGAAUCUAUUAUCCUAUGUUAGAAAAUGAUUUUGCGUUUCUUGGUAUUUUUAUUUUCUUCCUUCAGCCAUUAUUCACUGAAAUGGAAGAGUUGAUGUACGAUUCGGCAUCCCGGAUAAAAAAGACAGAGAACGAGGUUUGAAGAAGUAAUGAAUGAAAAAUAGAAAAUUAUCGUUUAGUUAACGUUAAUCUAUUAUUUCAUUUACUUUUUAACAAGCUGCUCAUAUAAAUUAUCGUAAAAAAAGUUCAGGGGAUGCAUUUCGAUCGUGGCAAGAAGAAAAAGUGUUUUUGCUCGAGAAUCUUAAUUUUAAAUUUCAAAACAAUUUCGGAUAAAAAAACUAAAUUUUUCACUUUUUUCUGCUCGAGGUACAAUUAACGAUAAGGCAAAAAGACAAAAAGUCUAUCAAUUUUUUUCCAAAAUUUACUUUUUCAUCGAAUUUGAUCUUGACCUUUUUACGUUCAUUCCCGAUCUUAUAAUUGACGGUAGGCUGGGAAAGUUACAAGUGGAUCGUCAGAAUCAAGUUCAGAAGUUCAUACUUCCCGAUGACUGAUCAUUGAGAUCUGAACUUUUUUUGUGUUUGGCUUUUUUUUUUCAUAUUUUGAGUAUCCUCAAGAGUUCGAAAGCUUGGGCAACCUCAAUCAAAAUCAAUUCAUUAAAAUUAAAUUUGAGAUAAACUGAGUUUCUCAAAAAGUUGAUUUUUUUCAGCCCCUGGUAACUGAUCAGAUUGGAGUUGUCGUCGCAAAAUCAAUCAAAAGAGAGAAUUCAAAAAAUUUUCUUUACGUUUACACGUCUUUGUGCAAUGCCGAAACCGACAUGAUCGCCGAGCUCGACGAAAAACGAUUCGAUGAAAUAAAUCUCGGAAAUUGGAUUUCCUUCAGCUCCAGGUUUUUCAGAAGUAUUUUCAGUCUUGAUUGUCCAGUUGUAAGGUUUUUCAAAAAAAAAAUUUUCUUUUGUCGAUAUUAAGAAAUUCAGAAGUGAAGAAAUAGCUGAACAAAAACCAGAAGACGUGAAAAACAUUCUUGAUGAAAAAGCGUGGGAUUUCUCAAAUUUUUCCUAUUUUUCACGUCCCUUGUCAGCGCCAAAGGAGAUAGAAUUGAUUUUUCUAAAUGCGAUUUUUUAAAUUUUCAAAGAUUUGUUCAGUGGCUUUCCGUCUUCUGGUUCUAAUAUUUUUUUUUUGAGCUUGGUUGAGAUUUUUUAAAACAAAUUAUUCAAAUAAAGUAAUUAGUUUACCAAAUUACUCCUUCUCGAUUCUUUCCGAACAUUUUAGUUUUGCGCGCGAAGAUCAAGAAUGAGUUUUAUUUUUCAGAAAGUCGGAGUUCGAGGCGCGAUCAGUGGAAAAACGUCGCCUUAUCGAAGCAAACUCCAUCAAAAUCAUUCCUGAUUGUCACUUCACUCGAGUUUUUGGAACAACAGUUUUGGUGAGUUUCUGAAUCUGGUUCCGUCGGUAAACUUGUUCUUCUUUGUAGAUAAACUGUCGAACAAUGGUCAGCCCCGCUUUCAAAAACGAUGAUAUCAUUCUCCACGAGUUUUUCGGAUUUCUCGCCGAUCCAGACAACCUUAUAAAAGGAAAAAAAGAUAACGAGUGAGCACUUUCAACAUGUUUCGGGGUUAAGAGUUCUUGAUUUAAAACAAAGAAAAAUUCCUGGAACGAUUUUUUUUUUGGAAUUGACUCCAUAACUUACAUUAUUAGGAUCGGAGAGGAGAGGUUGGAAAAGACUUUGAAAGGAUAUUUCCAGAUAUUUUCUGACAAUUCGCCGUCAAAGAAAUGAGUGCGACCAAAAGCAUUCGUUUUUGAUAGUCAAAGCUGCAAAUGUCUACAAAACUUCGGAAAAGGUUUCUCUUUCUCUUUUUCCUGAUAUCACUUUUCAUUACAGGGUCUCGAAGAGAUGGAGCGGUAUAAGAGUAUCGUGCCAAUCCUACUGAGUACUGAGAACUACGAGAACGUCAAGGUGAGGUCGAGAAAUGAACUUUACAAUUCCUAAAUUGUUUAGUUUGAUAUCGAGAAGUAUUUCUUGUUUCAGUAGUUUUACGAAAAUCAGUCAAAAAAUUCUUUGAUCGACUAGAGGAAGGUUGUAAGAGUUUUGCACAUUUUUCGAAAAAGCCCCCGAUUGAAAUAAUAAUUAAACGGUCAUACGUAAUGACCGUUUAAUUAUUAUUCAAACCGUUUGAACUUUCUGUUCUCAAGCGUUGAGUUUGAAAAGUCAAUUUCAAAAUGUUUGAAACUUACACAAGUUUUUUUCUAAAGGGUUGAGCAUUUGAAAUUUCAACUCCUUUUUAAUUUUCACCAUCUGACCGUCUGAAAUAGUUGAACGGUAGAAAAUCCACUGUUGAACAUGUUUGAAACCAGGUCAAUUAUUGAAGAAAGAUUGAACUGUUGGAAUUGACGACUAUACUUCGCUGGAUGAAAAAGAUCACAGAACUUAGCUUACUUAUUUUUUUUUUGAAAGUAUAUUUAACAAGUCGUGAAAAAAAACCUUGAAAGCAGAAUAACUUGCUGUCUACGGCACAAAACUCUCAUUCCUUAAAAAUAUUAUAAAUUUUAUUUGGUUCUGUAAAAAAAUAAGUAUGAAAAAGCUAUCUCGGAAAGCUUUACUUUUUCGAUGAAAUGCUUUUCACAACAAAGAGAAUAUCGAAGCUCCGAGACUAAACUUUUUUUUUUACUAAUUUCGUCUUCGAGUUUUUUUAUUUGAAAAGUUCAUAGUUGUUGUAUACUUCGUUGACCUCAAUUUGAAUCUGUGUAGCCUGUCUAGGCCCUCUUCUCUUUCACCUGUACUCUUCAAAUCUUCUAUUUUUAUGACUGUUCUGUUGAUUCCUCUUUUUUUCACGAAAAGAGUUUUUGGACGAAGAAUAACUAUUUAUCACAGGAGCUCGACACGAAGCUGUACAACAUCGGUUUGGUCGAAGUGACCGAAAGAGUCGAAGAUCCGAUCUACGCAAACGUUUACGUCUUGACGCCGCUCAGCAACGACGAAGACGUUUUCAAACUGAUCAAGUCCUUCAACAAACGUCAGCAUUUGAAUAUUCGAAUUUUUACUCGGAACGAGAUGAGAUGCACUUAAAGAGCCACAACUUCAGCAGAAGUUAUAUGAAAAGCACCGAUUUUUGUAAGCCCUCGCGAGCGAAUUUACCGGUAUGGGGAAUGAAGAGACGGAGAGAAAUGUUGCAAAAGAGUUCUUAAAGCUGAUUCGCAGCUGACUUGAGCCAUCGAGAAAAUGGUCCUGACAUGAUAAGAAAAGAGAUAGUGCCUGGUUAGUGGAGAGCACAGACAGGCCCCCUAGAGUCCCAAGCUAGCCGUGAAUCGACUAUAGUUGCUGAGCGAGUCGAGAAACUCUCUGAAACGGAUGGCAGACGUGUUAGGGUUGUUCUAUCAGUAUAUUUAUGUCAUGGGUAGUGCCGUGUAAAAAUAGACUUGAGGAAUGGGAAGAAUAAUUAUUCUAUUGGCAUUUCAUAAAAAGGCACCAUGUUUGUCUCAUGGGCUCAAAGUCGAAAAGGCAGUUUCAAGUAUGAAUUUUCUAGAUGAUUCGAAACAGCUCUUGAAGAAAACCGAAAAAACUUUCCUCAAUAGGUGGGCUAUAAAAGUUUUUUCAUCUCUUCUCAAUAUUUUCAGAACUCACCGACCUGUUUUUCAGAAACGCCGAUCAAUAUCGAUGCGAAGCACCCAGAGGAUAAUGUUGAAUUGACCAGAGACGAGAACAAUUUCCCUAACUUUCCCACUUAUUGGAUUCGCGGAUUUAUCAUGCAAAUCCAUAGAAAGCACGGAAAACCUCUAGUUUGAACCUUUUUUUUCCGAUUUUUGCUUCAAUAUUUUAGUUUAGAUUGGGAUAAAAAUGAAGUCAGAGUGGAAAAUGGACCGUCUCGCUUUGGGAAAGGUCGUCCGUCUUCGGGCGGGAAUCGUCGAUACUCAUCUCGAAUAUUACAAGUGAACAAACAUUUCAUUUUCUCGUUUUUUCAGAGGAAAUAUUAGGGCGAAAGUUGUUCUUUCCCCUUUUUCUCAAGAAAUAUAUCAGUCGUAUCUCCCGUUUGCCAUGAUUUGAAGAAGUUUCAUCUUUCGAGUUCAUAGAAAUAUGAAAAAAGUACGGCAAAAAGGAAAUUUUUGUCGAAAAAAAAACAGUUUUAAGUUGCGGCCAAUGGAAAAUCUUUGAUGACUUUUCACGAAUAGCGACUUAGAAAGAAUUUUUUUUAUUAUUAGCACCAGGACGCGUAAGAUUGUUGUUGCGAUAAUUUUUUUUUAGGUCUUUGGUAUUUUUUUUUGGAGUUUUUGUGCCAGAUGUCAUAUUUUCAUCCGAUUUUACUUGGGCAGCCCAAGCUAAUAAUUUUCCGAGAUGUGUAAACUACUCAGCGAGUCCCGAGAAUAGGUUUUAUCUUCCAGAAAAGUCGUUCUGUAGGAACUGUAGGUAACAAUUGAGGGUUAAGAAGCUUUUUUUUCGAGAUUCUCUUUUGCAAGUUCACAAUUCGCAAGUUAUUAAUUACGGCCUUGUAUUUCAUGAAGGAAAAUAGAAGGAAAUCUUGCAGCAACGAGGAUUUUUGGGGCAAUCCGCACUUGUUGGAGUCGCAUGGCGUCCCUCUCUGUGCCAUGGAAGUUUCAGACGGCAAAAGAACCGUGCCGCCAGUGCCGAACAAUUCAGCUCACAACUUCGAGAAUCGGAUCGACGACACGGACCCUCAUUAUGACGAUAAUCACGGUAACAACUCACUUACGAAAAUGGAAAAUUGAACCGAAACAGCGAAAAAUGAAAGAGAACAUUCCUCCGUUCUUCAUAAAGCGUUUAUUUUUCGAAACAACCAAAAGAAAGUUCGGCGAAAUUCAACAGGAAUCAGUUAUAUACAAUUUUUGAGAGGGAUUAUUCAAUUUGCGGCUUGAAAAAAUCUGAAUCCUGUUCUUUUUAUCAAAUUUCAAGAAAACGUCAUCGGCCAGAAACUUAGAAUGAAUUGUUAAAGACUUGCUCGAAAAAGAAAAUGGUCGUUUCCAGGAGAACCUCUGUUCCCCAACAAACUGAACGAAGUGCAGAGAAAAGCUUUAAACAUGGCGAUGAACAACAAACGCAACAUGGUUUAUGUUCAUGUAAGUUUCGAUUUCCAAGUAUCGCCUGAGAAAAAAAGGAGCUCAUGGUUUGGAAUUUCAGGGACCUCCAGGCACUGGAAAAACAAAAACCUUGACGGAAAUCAUUGUCAACAUGAUCAAACGGAAUAUCAAGGUUCCUCUUUCUUUUCUUUUUUAAAUUUGCAAUGGUGUAUCAGAAUUUCUUCUUUCCGAAAUUGAUAGUGAGUCAGAACGGAAGAUUGAGAAUGUAUUUUUCCGGGAUUUAGAGUAGAAGUCAUAGCUUGGCAGAAAGAAUCUUGAAAGACGAAGAGAAAGGGAAGAUUUCAGAUGAUUGUUUGCGCGCCGACGCACGUCGCAGUGGAAAAUGUGUUCGACAUGACGAAAAGUCGUCUCCAAAGCCUGGGAAUAAACACUGAUUGUGAGGAAAUCGACAAGAAGGGCGUUAUUUUUGAGUUUUCAGUGCUUUAUCCGGCUAUGCAUGAAGAUGAGGAAGUUUUGAUGAGAAGCUCUCAUUUCCAAAACAUGAUUGAUCAGGUUUUUUUUUUCGAAGUUCUUUUUUUAUUGAAGGACCAACAUUUUUAUGAACAAAGUUUGAAUGUGUUCAAGAAUCAAUAGAUUCAUCCUGAAACACAGAGCGACUUUUCUUUGGCCUAAACAAAAUGUUGGGUGAAUUUUAAUAAUUAUCGACAUUAAACAUUUAAUAAAAAGUAAUGGAAUCAGAUUUUGCAGAAAAAAGAAAAAGAAGUUUCUACAAGUUGAGAUUUUUAGAGGAAAAAUGCGGAGCUGGCCGAAAACAAAGAAAAUGAAAACGCGGCUCUUCGCGAAAUGGACCGUUUGCGGAACAAGAUCAUUGCGGUGGAAACUGAAAUAGAUUAUGUUGAUCAACAACGUCUUUCAGAAUCGGUUAGAGAUGACUAUGGCUUACUUUUCGACCAUCACGAAAACGGCUCUACCCAAGCUGCACGCAAAUGGAUUCGAUGCAGAAGUUGUCGUGAUUGGUUGGUUGAGAGAUUUUGAGUCCAUUCAGCCCUGGGUUUACGGGACACAUUAAUAUGAUGAAAACGCACUCAAUCACCAGAAGAACUGUUUGGAAUAUUUCCACAUAUCAUCUUAUUUUUCUUGACUUUGAAAGAGAAACUCGACUACUCAGAAGUUUUUUCAGACGAAGCCGCUCAAAUCCUCGAUGAAAACAUCUGGCCGGUGAUCCACAAGUCGGAACGUGUCAUUCUGGCCGGAGACCAUCAUCAGCUCCCUCCUGUCAUCAAAAAGUCCGUCGACGAAUAUAAAAACGGAGUUAAAAAAUUGAUUUUAAUGGACAGCAAUGAGAAAGGGAGUUCAGAAAAAAGAGGCGAUAAAAAGGGUAGUAAAUUUGAAAAAAAACAAAUCCUGAGUUAUUAAAAAAAAUCGUGAUGAAGAUUCGUUGGAGUUUGAUGUUGCUUGAAACUAACCAGGUUUUUUUUUCUGAGAGUAAAAGACCAAGAAAGUUUUUUUUUUCUAGACCCUGUUUUUUGAGUUGUUCUGAGAUGCUUCCUUGAUGCUUUUCAUCGUGAGAAUCGAUAGAGCAGAAAAAAACAGUCAAACUUUGAUAGUUUUUAAACCACAAACUAUGGUUGUAUAGCGAGAUUUAAAAAAUUUCUCAAAUUUUUUCUCGAAUUCCAUUUUUUUUUUUUGCAGAGAUCGGAAAAAGGAAGCAGAUAAAACAUUGUUGAAUAGAUUUGAUGAAGAGACGUUGCCCUUGAAAAAUAACAAAAUAAUGUUGAUGAAACAGUAUCGGUAGGUUCUUUCCAAGUGGUUCGGUCCAUCUCUCGGAUUUUCAGAAUGAACGAGAAUAUCAUGAAGUGGUCCUCUAAGUGUUUCUAUGACGAUCAAUUGGAAGCCGACGCCUCCGUCGCUAAUCGCCAUCUCGAGUGUGUUGUCUUUAUCUGAACCUUUCUAUGAAAAUUGGUGCGAAAAUCCAGGGACAUUCGUAAUAAUUAUGAGAAAAAACUGACUCAACAGUUGGAACCUAUCGGAAUUACAGAUUUUCGCAAAAAAUUUUUUUGCAAUAUAGAUACUGAAGAUGUUGGUUAAUGUAUCUACUAUCGGAAAGAUCUGAAAAACCGUUUUCACCAGAAAAUUUAGAACUAGACUCGAGGUGUUUUUGAUUUUUGAUUGAUUCUAUUUUUUAGAGAGAAAUCAUUAGAUUCUCAAAUUAAUUGACCUUGUGUUAAUCGAUAUUGAAUCACCAAAAACCGGAAAAAUUUAGGGUAGAUAACAAAAAAAAACUGAAAUAGUUUUCUGGCUUUUAGUUCUAAAAACUAUGGCACAGUCACCUCAAAAAUUAGACUCAAACUCUUUUGCACAGGGAAUAUCGAAGUUCAAUUAUUUCCAUCAGAGUUUUAGCCACGAAAGAUGCUUCGAAAUGUCACCAAUAACAGAAAUUUCUUCGAAAUUAUUCGAAAACAAAGAUGAAACUUCUAGGGCUUUCACGACUGAAGAAAACUGUGCUGUCUUGGGGCCGUUGGUCUUUGCCGACUAUUACCUGGACGUGGCAAACUACGAAAGUAUCUGCGAAAAGUACUCUGAACGCGUUUCGGUGUCCAGCAAGUGCAAUGAGGGCGAGGCAGAACUCGUGUGUCUGCACUUGAUUCGUCUCUUGAACGCGGGAAUCGCCCCCGGGGCGAUCGGCAUCAUCACUCCGUACAGUGCACAGGUUGCCACGGCCUUUCAGUUCCUUCUUUUUUUCGUUGGGUCAAUCAAAACAUUUCUUAUUGUAGUCAUAGAUGAAACCGACAUGGAGGCGAAAAACGUAGGAAGCUAUAACAAGAAACCGUCGCGAACUGGAAGUCUAAACGUGUAGUUGAUCAAAUUGAAAGCAUGGUCUUAUGGUCUCUCGCCUAGUUCUUCUGCGCGCAGUCCCUUUAGUUGCACCUUGACGAGCUAUCGUCGCUUUGGCGUCCAGUUGCUUCCUGCCGUAGUGUUCUGGUGCUCUGUUUGAAAUAUUUGAGAAAAAGGAAUAAAAUAGAAGUUGCUCCUUUUCUUACGCUACAGCGGUUGUCUUUUUCGUAGGAAAUGGUUUGAGGUGGAAACGAUCCGGUCUCUGAUGCAAAGUCUGUGUGUGACGGAGCGCUGUGACCCGCUGAUUCGAUUGACGCCGGAGAUCCAGCGGAAGGCGUUGGAGGUCCACGUCGACACGGUAGACGCCUUCCAAGGACAAGAACGCGACGUCAUCAUCAUCUCUUUUGUUCGAAACAACAAAAACUGUGCGCUUCUGGGAAAACCCAAUGAGAAAUGAAGAUAUCUUUCAGAUAACAUUGGGUUUCUAUCCGAUGUCAAGCGAAUCAACGUCGCCAUCACGAGAGCCAAGCUCCAGGUGAUGAUGAUCGGCAGCAGUCAGCUCCUGUGGCAUAGCGGAGUCCCGGCUUAUCAAGAUCUCCUCCGGUCCGUUUGAAUACUUUUUGUGUGGCUCAUUUGCCUAUCUAUUUCCUGAAAAGGUUCAAAAACUCAUUUCCAAAAUGAACGUUUUAGGUGGAAAUUUUGACUUGCUUGCCAUUUGCUUCUUAUGUCGCACAUGCGCAAAAAUGUUUCUCUCGUUUUGUUAUCUUGUCUCUGAUUUAGGUCAUUUUCGUCUGAAUUUAAAAUUCUCCUUGAAUUUUCUUGGCAUCCUGUGACCCUGUAUUAAAAGCGGAUUUCAGAAAAUUUCAUCCGGGUUUUUACGCAGUUAUAGUCAAUUUUUCCGACUUAAAAGUCAAUUUGGGUAUAUUGGCAACAGUGAUUUUUUGACGUGACGUGACUUUUUGGGUGGGAAGAUCGAAGUCAAACUCAAGGAUGAAAAGAAGUUCUUGUUUUUUUAUUUUUUUCAAAUUAGAAAAAAGAGAAAAACGUAAAAGGUAGCUCGUUUUGACUUCCAGCUCCCCGUCAACAAGUCGCUUCGUUAAGUAACGAGCCAACAUUGCCAAUUUUCCAUACCGAGGUCUGGAAAGAUAAGGAAUCUUGUACUCUGUGGGUCGCGACUUGAAACUGCUUUUUUUCUCUGCGUUCUCCUCGACUCUCGGCGACCCUCUCAUGUUGCCGUGUUAUUUUCAUGUUUCUCUGACCUCGCCGGUGAGAGAACAGAGACACAGACACUCGAAAAUUUCAAGUCGCGGCGAACAGGUUAUAGAACUAGAUAAGAACUAGAUAUUGGUCCAUAGUUCCUCAAAAACGAAUUUUUUAAAAGUUUCUCCUGAUUUAAAAGAGGAGGUUUGCCUGAUAAACAUGGAAUUUUUGCUGGUCACUGAAUCAUGCCCUGAUUGCAGGACAGUCAAAGAGCACGGUUGCUUCAUCUCGGCUCGUCACUUGGCCGGAUUCGCGAGAAAAACGACACUUCCUGCAAACUACACGUUCGACGAAGCAACUCACGUCAGUCGGCAGAUGAAAGAACGGAGGAUCUCCAAGAAAAAACACCAAGAUACGCUGAAAUUCUAUAAGAAGAAGAAGAAGAACGCUGAGAAAAAGAAGCUCGAACGGGAUCUGCAGGCUGCCAUGGAGGCCGACCUUCCGGAAGGAGAUACGUCGCAAGAAGAAGAAAUCGACGUCGAACUGUCCUCCAGGCCUAGUCCUUCAGAUGUUGAUAUGUUAACAAUCGAUGACGAAUGA